AUGGAGGCCCUGGCAGGCUUGGCAGUUGGUGGAGAUUUGCGCCAAGUUUUUAGCCAAGUUGGCACAGGGCCUUCUUCCAGCGUUCGCAAUUUACGCAAUGACCUUCUUGUUGCUGCCGAUUCUGUGACCAAUGCAAUGUCCUCUCUAGUCAAAGAACUGAAUUCAGAGGGCAGUGGUAGUGAUGAUGAAAGUAGUGCUAAUGGAAUGCUGGGAGCUACUGGAAAUUUAGAAAUGGAGGGUUACUAUCCGACGCAAACAUCCGAUGAUGUGGAUGGAUGGCGAGAAGAAGUAAAGCGAAGAUUAGACCAGGAAUCUGAAUUUCUGGCACAACUACGAGCAAGACGACAGAAGGGGAGCAACAGUAGUAGUCGAAAUCACAGUGAUUCUGAAACAGACCCGUACAUUCCUGAUGAUUGUGAGUCGUAUGGACGGACAGAUGAUGAUGCAAGUGCACUUGUCACAGAUGAUGGUGAAUCCUAUGUAGGAACAAAUGAUGGUAGCCGAGCACAGACAGAUGAUGAAGACUCUGAACUCUAUGAUAACCAUCCGAAAGAAUUAGCAAAUCGUUACAUGACAGACGAAGAGAGUUACCUGCAGUCGGAUGCAGAAUCUUACAUUCGAACAGACGAUGAAGAAGGAGGAAAUACAGAGUGGGAGGAGACGAUGAGACGGUGGGUGACGGCAUUGGAAGAGCAGUUUGGUGUUCUUCUCUUUCUCUCUUGUUUUUCCUCUCGUUUAUUCCUUCUCUUUUUCUUGAGUCUGCAAAGUACACUGAAGACAGACUUAAAAAAAGUGAAGGAUAAAGUAGAGAAGAUGGAGAAGAAAGUGUAA